AUGGAGAGGAUCGCAUACAGCGUAUGGUCUAUCUCCCACAGCCAAAGAGCCUUCAAGACUGACUGUGGCCAGCCCCUCCAGCUCUUCGGCGCAAAGAUAGCCAAAGACCUCCAGGUUCUCCAGCGGCUCGCUGGCAGCAGCGCGCCGCUCAGUCUGGAACAACUGGCCGAGCCGUCGUCGGCAGAUUUACCGUUGCUUCAGCGCCUGAUGCGCUAUCUUGCGAGCGUGGAGAUGGUGGACGAGCCUUCUACGCGCGUCUUCGCUGCCAACAACGUCACCAAAGCGCUGGGGUCCUCCAGUGGACUGAGCUAUAUUGACGUUUUCUACGAAAUCGCCUCGCCGAGUUUCUACGAACUGCCCAAGUUCCUCGCCAGCACCAAGUACAAAAACCCAACGGGAGGAUCCAAGGUCGCCUUCCAGCAGGCAUUCAACUUCGAUGGCAACUUCUUUUCUUUUUUAGAUGAGCACCGCGACAAGCUCGCCAUGUAUGACAGACACAUGCAGCUGCAGAGGAACUCCCCCCACGGGACUGGCCCAAGCUGCUGUCCGUCGUCAAGGAGGUCGAGUCGACAGACCCGAAGGAGCUCUUCUUCGUCGACAUCGGCGGCGGCAGCGGCCGCCAGGUGGAGGAGCUGCGAAAGCAGUAUCCCGAGGCCAAGGGACGAUGCACGGUUCUACUACCUCCGCGGCGUGCUGCACGUCUUCCCCGACCAGAUGUGUGAGAAGGUUCUGCGCAUUCAGGCGGAGGCAAUGGGCCCGGACUCGAAGUUGCUGAUGGAGGAGCUGGUGCUGCCAGAAGCGCAUGUUGACUGGAGCGCCACCUGCAUCGACUUGUUGAUGCUGUCGAGCUUUGCGUCGCAGGAGAGGACCCGCACCCAGUGGGUACGGCUGUUGGAGAAGUCGGGGCUGAAGGUCAUGGAUAUUCAUGCGUACGGUACAGGGCCAUAUCAAAGCCUUAUUGUUACCGUGAAAACUGGAUAUGGCCCUGAUAGCCUGUACACUUAA